AUGGGAAAACGGCUCCUGUUUAUGAUGUUUGGCUACCUUCUGAUUGACCUCAUGGCCUCCACGCUUAUGUUGCCGUGGUUGCCAACUAUAAUCAAGGAGAUGUGUGAAAAGGAUGCGUUGUGCAUGCUUUCCUACUUACUGUGGUCAGCAUCGGGUGCUUCGUUUGUGUUGUUUGUGUUGGCUCGCAUCCUGAGCGGUGUGUCUCGGGCUAACGUAGGUGUGCUCUCGGCGAUGGUUUCUGAUGUCUCGGAUAGAGCAACGCGGACCCGAGGAAUGGCUGCGGUGGGCGUUGCCUAUUCUAUAGCCUACCUUGUCGGUCCGCCAGUCAGUGCUUGGCUUUUGGGUCGUCUCUUCUUCAAUCCCCAGGCCGGAGUGAGCGUCUUGGAGCCUCACAUUGGUCUUGCUGCUGCCGCCAUUUCUGCACUCAACCUCAUUUGCCUCUUCAACAUUCCAGAGACAAUGGUCAAAAUAAAAACUGACAAAAAGGAAGAACCGGUUGGGUCAAGUAAGAAAGAAGCAAAGCAGAGUGCGUCUGCAAGAACGUUUCGGGAUUCGCUCAAGCUACUUAAUCCCUUUGAGCUCUUUAGAUUUCGCGACAUCACCGACAAGCUCGUGCAAGAAAAACUGCAAAAAAUGGCAAGGGUGUUUUUCCUCAACAUGCUGCUGUUCUCUGGUCUCGAGUGCUCCCUUCUGUUUCUAGCUCAGCUCAGAUUCGGCUACACCGGUCGGGAUCAGGGCCGUAUCUUCCUCACAACUGGCAUCUCCAUGAUUAUCAUCCAAAGCGGCUUUGUGAAGCGGUUUAAAGGGGGUCGCGAAGCCAAAACUGCCUGCUGGGCGAUGUAUAUUCAAGCACUGGCCUACCUAAUCCUCGGCUUCUCGAACUCAGAAUUACUUUUCUACGUCGGAUUGGUCUGCUUCAGCUUUGCAUCCGCCUCUUUCGUGCCCGCAUUCAAUGGCCUUGCUUCUCUGUCUGUUGGGCCGCAACAGCAGGGUCAGACAAUGGGCACCUUCCGCUCGUUGGGCGGCCUGGCUCGUGCCGUCGGCCCGAGUCUCAUCGGGGGGCUCCUGUGGCUCGGGGGUCCCGCCUUCUCCUUCACGCUGGGCGCCAUCGCGACCAUCUACGUCUCCGUUCUCUUCGCCCGCAUUCCUGUCGGUCAGGCAUCCUAA